AUGUCACUCAGCGAUCCUCACAAUGUGCUCAAUACCAUCAACUUUGUCACGCAAUGUUUGUGUAUUCCGAUCGUGAGCGUGUUUGUGCUGCUGCGAUUUUCGAUUCGCAUCUACUAUAAGCAGUUUGUGGGGGUGGAAGACUGGUCCUGUCUGAUCGCAUGGGUAUUAUUCAUGGGAUAUUGUGGCAUUGCCAUAGCAGUGGGCCAUUAUGGCGGAGGUUACCACAUCGAUGAUGUCUCGCCAGCACAUCAGGUGCUUUUCCGAAAGUUCUGCUACGUCGCCACCGUGCUCUACUGCCCCAUGGCCCUCUUCGUCAAAAUCGCCCUCCUUUCCAUCCUCAUCCGCAUCUUCAGUCCCUACCGAUCCAAAGUUCUGUUCAUCUACAUCCUCCUCGGCUGUCUCUGUGUAUACUAUGUGAUUGCGGAAAUCAUCAAGAUCCGCAUGUGCGAUCCGGUUCCGGGCUACUGGACCCUCGAUCCGAAGGCAUCGUGUCUGAACCAACGGGCUGCAUUGAUUGCCGACUCCGUCAUCAGUGUGGUGACCGACUUUAUCAUCCUGAUCCUGCCGCUGCCACUGACCUGGUCGCUGCAAAUGUCCCGGAGCAAGAAACUGCGCGUGAUUGGCAUGUUAUCGGCGGGUGGUCUGGCCACAGCGUUCAGUCUGUACCGAUUAGUGCUCGUCCUGCGCGAUGGCAGUUCCAACGACCAGACAAUCGUCUUUACGAUUGUCAUCCUCUCAGGAAACGCCGAAGGCGGCGUCGCCAUGAUCUGCGCCUGUCUCCCGACCGUGAACAUCCUAAUCAACAAGCUCCGCAAGAAAGAAUACAGCUCCCAACGCUACUACGAACCCGACUCCUCCGUCAACCUAAGCAAACUGAAAAACAGCAACAAGCGGUUCUCACUCGGAACAUCCCGUCGCGCCGACGGCACCGAAUCCGCCUGCGACCAGUCGCAUCUGAUCACCUUCGCAGGGACGGUGGACAUGGAUACCGGUGCAGAUAUCGGGGGGAUUCAUAAGACGGUGGAUGUGUCGCAGACGGUGGAAAUGGUCACGAAUGCGAGUACUAAUGAGAGCCAUCAUGGUGAUUAUCAUGCAUGA